AUGGUAAACGCAUCGGCCGUCACGACAAGUGACGCCGCGCAGAGACCGAAGCGCCUCUCAUGCGAUCGGUGCCACAGCCAAAAGGUCCGGUGCACGCGCUCCGAGAGCCGCAAGACGGGAGACUGCGACCGGUGCCUGCGAAAGGGCGCCAAAUGUGUCUACAGCUCAUGCCUGCCCAAGGGCCGUCCGUCGCUCUACCGCGCGACAGAGACGGCCAAGAGCCCGGAGCAAACGGCCUCCCAAAAACCGCGCGCCGCCACCUCGUCGACUGCUUCCUCGCCAGACAUGUGCAGCCGGACCGACUCUCUCGAAGGCCCAAUGGAGGAGAUUGUCUAUUGCUCUCCUACCGUUGCCGACGACGAGAAUAAUGCCCAUUACGAGUUUGACGCCAGUGCCGACAUGGGCAUGCACGACCAGGUCUUCCCUCCGUUUCCCUACCAACAGGACGGGGUUGCCGGUUCCGGCCCCGGCUGGGGGCAGGACGAGCAUCUCCACGACAGCAUGUCGCUGGACUUGGCCGAAACCACCGUCCCUAUUCUUCCGGCUCUCCUUACCAGGCCUCUAUCCAGCCACAGGUUUGACGAAUAUCUGGUCGGGAUGCCAGAAACGGACUCUCUAGGAUCCAGCAGCAUCGCCAGCCUUGUCGACAAACAGCAACAGGGACUUGGCAUAAGUUUGGACAUCCGCAGUGGCACCAGCGCGUCAAGCUUGCCGAGUGGUCAAAGCAGCGUCAGUGGCUCCUGCGGCAUCAGCAGCUACGCAGAGACUCUCAGACAGAAUAUGACGCGACUCUCGCAGCUCAGCGCGAACUCUUCACAGCUGUUGUUCUUUUCCAAGACGUUUCUGCUCGAGGUUCCCGAGAUGCUGCUUCCACGGGAAGACCAGGACCCGCCUGCGCAGGUCUAUCAGGUCAUCAAGGCCGUCUUCAAGUCGGUACACUCUUGGGUCGCGCGCGGUCAGCGCAAGGCCGAUCCAGCCACCAAAUGGGCUCCGGCAUCGGCACGGUCUCACGAGUUUCUGCACCACGUCCUGUCGGCUUCGGAUCAACUCCGGGACAUUCUACGCCAGUUGAAUCUCACUUCCGGGGCUCGCACCCCAGCAGCUUACCCCGGCACCGCCUUUGCUACUUCUUCCAUCAGCAUGGACGGCGAGGCGACGGCCGCCUUGUCUCCGCAAGUUCCGCAUGAAACCAGCCAGAACCAUUCAAUAGUCUGCCAGCUUGUCAUUUCUUGCGCGUCACUGCUGUUAAACAUGUACAGCGUGGCAUUUGGUGCCCUACAGCGAUGUUUAGACAUGAUCAACACGUCCUCGCAGGGACAUGUAACUUCAGACGAGCACGACGAGCGCCUGGAGGCGUCCUCGAGAGCUCACUUCCAGCUCGUGUCGGUCAUACAGCUGUGCUCAUACAUUUUCAACCGACAGAACCAGGCUGUGGAAACCUUGUUGAGAAACCACAGCAGAGUGUCGCGCAUCCUGAUGCUGCGCGAGCAAGAAUCCAGGCAGUCGGUCUCUUUUGAUGCCAUUACCGGGCUAAAAACAGAAGUAGAGCAACAGUUGAAGCAGCUUCAUCAGAGUUUAUAUAGGGCAUAG